UAAGAUAAAUGUAGAUUAAUUAUUUUCUUCAUAAUUUUAAUGUAGUUUGGAUUUUCUUAAUCGAUAAUCGUAACGCACGAAUUCUAAAUAACAUAUUCUCUAACAUAAGAUAUACGAUGCAAAAAUGAGACUGGCGAAUCACCCCGCAAGUAUAGUUGUAAAAUGAAAUAGUGUUUGCGCAUGUGUUUUAAUUUAAACUUGGCGAUGGUUUCCUGUAAUUUCAUGUGAUUAUUGAUUUUUGUUUACAAAUUUAUCAGUAUGUCGGAAAGUGAGAGAAAACGUACGUGUUUAAAAUUUAUAAGGUCCUUCAAAAAAGAUAAAGUAGUUGAAGAAUUUGAUACAAAAGUUAGUGUUUUGCAAGAAGAAGCUAGCGAAGAAGGUCUGGAUGAUGAUGUUCUUGAUAAACUCGCAGAUAUUAUUAUUCAUACUGAAUUAGGUGCUGUCAAACGUGUAGCAUUGAUAAAAUGUCUAAUUCCAAAGUACAAAUUACCUGAGAAAAUAGCUAGGACUAUAAUUACUUGGUGCUUAUCCUCUAUGAAUAAGAUACCGCAUACUGUUUGUUUGACUAUUAUUCAAUGGAUUAUAGGUUUGUGGGAUUAUGAAUUAGUUGACAGAAAAGUAAUCAACAUAUAUUACGAUGUCUUCUUCCACAAAAUGCUCAAGAAAAAACAAUUGGAACCUUACUUUGCACGUCUCAUUUAUGUGUUAACAAAGCCAGAGGAUGUUUCUCGGAGGGAAGUCUCACAAUUAUUAGUUCUUAAAAAAAAUUCUUCUAAGCCACCAAAACAUAUUACUGCAUUACUUUCUUUAUUUAAGUCAUAUAAACCAGAAUUGGUACCUGAAAGAAUACAAUCAGUAAAUGUAGAAAGUGUAUGGAAAUCUAUAAAUGAAUUUAUACGAUUAGCAUUGGAAGGUGCUAGAGAUCGUGCGGAAAUUCAACAAUCGGAGGAAAACACUCAAGUUUGUUUUAACUGGAACGCAGUACAGGAUACAAAAAUGACAAAAAAAGAGAAGAACCUUCUACCAUCUAUUAGUUACUUUCAUAUUGGUUCAAAUAUUUUUAAAGACAAAGAUGCAAAGUCAAUUUUUGAGAUAAACGGUGUAAAAGAGUUGGGAAAAUAUCAUCAGAAUAUCGAAUUGCCUUGUAAUGCUGUUUCACUUUUGGUAAACACAGCUGGUUACCAUCUUCUUACAUAUGCAAACUUUCAGUACCAAAGUAGAUUUUCAUGCAAUCUUUAUAAUACACUUAUAAGAGCAUUUAUAUUAGAAAAUGGAAAGUUCUCUAAGGAACAAAUAAAUAAAUUUCUUACUAUGACAAUUGAAUUUUCUCGAUAUAUGCAGGAAGGAAUACUUGUAAUGAAAUUGUUCUUGCAUGAAUAUCUAUAUUACAAUACAGGGGAGCAUUUGUCAAAGCUGCUCAAUUUGUUGCAAUGGAUGAAUAUUAUAUCAAUAGAUGAGCUACAAAACAUUCUGAUAUAUGUACAGAACAUAUUUUAUGAGUCAAAUCUAUAUAUGAAAUGUGAAAUAAUCAAAUCUCUAUGGAAACUAAUUACAAACUUGUAUAUUAGACAAGGACUUGAAGAGUCUUGUCAAGAGACAUCACCUUUUUUAGGACAAAGACCACUAGAUAAUUUAGCAGAAAUUGUAUUUGAAAUUACCAAGGUAGCGGAAAAUCUGAUUGUUAGUGGAUUAAACACGCACAAUUAUAAUAUUAUAUUAUUAUCAGAUAGUUUAGAAUUUUAUGAAGAGAUCUGUACAUUAGAACAUCGUAGUUAUGUGCCGUCUUGGACACUACCACCAUCAGCAGUUGUCUACGGAGCAUUUGUUGCGAGAAAUUGCGUUAUCUUGUCAAGAAUUUGUGGAUUAUUAUUAAGAUAUCGCGAAAUGAGUCCACACUUGCGCCAAAUUGUUUCAUCGGACAUAUAUCAAAAAAAGAUUCACAUUAUAUCCAUUUAUGCGCGGGAUAUUUAUACAGCAUUGUGGUUAGACGAGCCCUUUCGUUGCCGCGAGGAUAAUAACUUCCUGAGAAAUCUUUCACAAGAUGUGAUCGAUGAUUUAUCAGAUUGCGAUUUAGAUAUUUCACUAAACAUUUACAAUCAUUAUGCUGUAUUAUGCUACAGACACAAAAUGAUAAAAAUGGGCCUAAAUAUAGAUACAAAAGAGGAUGCUAAGUUUAUGGCUGCAUAUUAUUAUCCUGCAAUAAAUAAAUUUAUUUCCGCAUUUGAUAAAUGACGUGUCUUAAAUUCCUCUAAAAGAGAAAAUAAUUUAAUAAGUUAAAUAAUAAUAAUUAUAAUUUUAAAAUAAUUUAACAAG